AUGCACGAGGAAGACGAUUCGAAUUCGAGAUACGGCAUCCAUGCCGAAUAUUUCGAAAAUCGUCAUACGCUUGUUUCUUACAAUCAGCUUCUCAGCUCAUUGGAAACUGUGUCGAAUGUGCUGCGAUCGCCGAACGCCGAAGAAUUCCCGCUCGGCGCAAAUUUGAGGCGCGAACUGCUCAGCGUGCUUGAGCGCGUCGAAGAUUUCUAUAAUGAUGUGGAUUUUGUGAUUCUCAACGCGCAAUCAAAAUAUGAUCUUGUGAAAGCCCACCAAUUUGGCUUCCAUACACUUCAAUGCGUCGUCGAUGAGUAUCUUGGCAGGGAGAAGCGCACACCGGAAAACACCAUCGACAUCGAUGAUUUUCACAGCUCGAUCAAAGGCACUAUCGAUAUGCUGAAAAUUUUGCCGGUUGCGAAUAUUUCGCGCGACGUCACCACCAAAAACAUGCGAGUUCUCGAGCGAAUCGUCCUCAAAAUUGUUGACUCUUAUGCGUAUCCAACCAACAAUUUGGCUCAGCAGUUGACCUAUUUGAGUAAUAUCAAGAGACAUUUGGCGAUUAUGGAGUUUGAAAGCCGCCGGAAAUGCAUCGCGUUUCGCAACGAAAUUCCGCAACCGACACAAAAUGAUGGCGGCAUGGUUCCCGUUGGUCGCCUAGUUGAGAAUGACACCGCUAACCGAGAUAUGCAUGAAUUGGAGAAUGAUAAUUUGAACUAA